AUGCAGAGGGCCGGCCUUGGAGCAUUCAGCAGCCAUAGUCUCUACGUGGUCUGCACAGUGGUCGGUACCUUCUACGUCAUGAUGUGGAACCUGAAAAAAAAAUUGGUAUUGGACCGGUGCACGGAAUUCAUCUGGCAGCAGUCGCUGACACGUCUUAGAGGCAGCAUACCCAAGAAACGUCCAGUGGUUACUUGCAACGUCAGGACUGUAAGUGAUGUGCAGCUCCCUGAGGAAGCUAGACGGGUACUUGCUUUAGGGCCUAAGUUUGCCGUUGAACCGGUUAUGAGUGCUCCGGAACUUCUAGGGCUUGUCCGGGAUGUCUCUAGGUGCGCUCCAGAGGACGAAAUUAAGAGAUGCAUAUCUGAGGGUGUGGAUGCGUUACCCCGUAAAAAACCGGCACCGUCCCGUCUGCCAGUUAGACGUGUCGUCUCUUUGUUAAGGGAACGGCACUUGUCGGUCCUUCCCGCUGAUAAAGAAGGGGGUUUUGUUGUUUUAACGGAGGGGGAGUUCGGAGGGAAAGCCCUCGAGGCUAUCACCUCCGUGUUCAAUCUACGGCAGGAUGUGCCUCUGAAAAAACUGAAGGGAGAGGGGAAGCGUCUUUGUAAUAGGUUAAACCUGACCCGCUUGGCUAAAAGCGUUGAAAAUAGCAGAAGUGGUUGUUUACAGAUUAUGUUCAGUGUGAAAACACAUAAGGAAGACUGGCCUUUGAGGGUCAUAGUCUCUGAGCAUGGCACUUGGCAAAAGUCGAUUGCCUUGUGGUUGCAAGAUAAACUAAAGAUCCUUACCAUUGACGACCCGUUUUUAGUCAGGAGCUCUGACGAAGUGGUGGAUUUUUUGAAGAUGAACGCUGACGUAGGUUUUUUAGCAUGUUCAUUGGACAUUAAAGAUCUUUAUUACUCCUUACCUCAUGACAAAUUACGAAGUUGCGUUGAGGAUUGUAUUCAGGGGUAUGGGGUUGUGGCUUUUCAAAACGCUGUGGGCGUGACGGUGGAUGACUUUUUAGAUCUACUCUCGUUUUAUCUUAAGUCUACUUUCGCGGAAUGGAACAAAGACACGUACCUUCAAAAGGAAGGUAUUUGUAUCGGCUCAUGUUUAGCGCCCAUUUUAAGUGACAUUUUUUUAGCGUAUCAUGACAGAGUCCUUUCGGACUGCCUGAGCGAUUUUAACGUAAGGAAGUGUUUUAGAUUUGUUGAUGAUUUUUUAGUAUUUCUUAACUGCGACUCGACACAUUUCCAUUCGGUGGUGGAUAGUCUUUUAACUAUGUUUAGUGAUGCCCUUCAUCCCCUGAAACUUACACAGGAAGUGCCCGUAGAUGGUGUCAUCCGUUUCCUCGACAUCAGGCUUACUUUCGUCGAGAAUCAUGUAUGUUGGAUGUAUCAACCUAGAGCCAACAAGCCCCUGCUGCCUUUUAAUUCGUCCCACUCAAAACUGGUUAAGAGAGGGAUUGUUAAUUUGUGCUUCAAGAACGCCCUUCAUAAGUCAUGUCACCACGUGGCACAUUUGAGUGUCCAGGAGCAGUCUGAACGUCUGUUGGCGGCUGGCUACCCGGAGGCUGUACUGGUGUCGGUAGCCGAGGUGAUCCUUAAGAGGCUUCGAGCUAAGGGCAACACCCGUCCAGAAGAGGCCAGGAGUAAACAAAGGAUUGCAGUCGUGCCUUAUAUGCACAAGACGGCGCAUAACCUAAAGAAAAUAGCAAGCCGCAUAAACACUAAGGUGGUCUUUUCUGCGCCAGAGAAGCUAGCCAGGCUUAGUCAUUUGACGAACCCUUUCCGGAAAGCCUCGCUGGGUUGUGUGAUUAAGCACAGAAAUCCGUUUGUCGUUUGUGUUGAGGGUGUGGUAUAUCAGAUUCCCUUAACAUGCGGUAAGAAGUAUGUUGGUCAGACUGGGAGAUGCCUGAACGAUAGGCUCCGAGAACAUAGUCUGAACGUAAAAAACUAUCGGGAUGGCCAUCUUUCAGUGCACUGCCAUGACUGCGGAUGCAAACCUUUGUUUGACUCAUGUUCCGUACUUGCUAAACAUAAAAAUAGAACUGUUAGGGAGAUUAUU